GCGAGCGGGGCCGGGGACAAGGGUGGGAGCGCGGCUGGGGCCGAGGGGACAAUGGGGCUCUGUGGCACCGCUGCCACCCCCUAAUCCGGGCCACGGGGCCGGGGGGGGGUUUAAAGGGCAGCGCUGACCCCGGUCCCCUGCGCCAGCGGCCCCGAGCCUCCGUCCCCUGCGCGCUCUGCGGCCACGGCUCCAGCCCCGAGUGCCCCGGUCACCAGCAUGCUCUCUCAGGACCACACGAGCUCGGAGCCGGAGCCGCUCCCGCAGGACCCGGCUUGGGCCGGCCCCGAGGCGCUGAGCCCGGGCUGGGAGGACCCCGAGACCCCCGGCGGGGACGAGCCCGAGGACAGCGGCGACAGCGACGGCGCCGCCCGCGCCUACGAGCGGCUGCAGAGCGCGCUGCGGCAGGAGGGGCUGCCCCCCACAGAGGAGAGGCCCGAGGAGCACGGCACGGGAUGCGGCCCCCCGGCCAUGACCGUUUGCAUCCUGGGCUCCCCCAGCACCUUCCUGCCCGUCCUGCUCGAGGGGGCAGCCGCUGCCCAGGUGGGUCCCGGCCCCACACCCCCACCCCAUACGAGACACCCGAGAACCCACAGCCCCUGGCCAAGGCAUCCCCUGCAUGGCCAGGAGGGAAACUGA